AUGUUACGAGCCUAUGUGAUUGAUUUUAGUGGUCAUUGGGAUCAGUUUCUACCGUUGGAGGAGUUUGCUUGUAACAACAGUUACCAUUCGAGUAUUGAGAUGGCACCAUUUAAGGCAUUGUAUGGUAGGAGUUGUCGUUCCCCCAUUGGUUGGUUUGAUGCUUUUGAGGUUAAGCCUUGGGGUGCAUACUUGUUGAGGGAUACUUUGGAUAAGAUGAAGUUGAUGGAGUUCAUGGUUGGGGAGAGUGUUCUGCUGAAGGUUUCACCUUUGAAGAGUGUGAUGAGGUUUGGGAAGAGAUGGAAGCUGAAUCUGAGGUUUAUUGGUCCGUUUGAGAUUGUUCAGCGCAUUGGGAAGAUACUGAAGAAGUACCAUCUGGAUAGUUCUCAUAUGAUUCGGUGGGAUUCGGUGUUGCUUGAUCAUAAUUUAGCUUUUGAGGAAGAGCUGAUAGUCAUCUUGGAUAGACAGGUUCAGAAGUUGAGAUUGAAAGAAAUAGCUUUGGUGAAAGUGCAGUGGAGACAUCGUCCAGUUGAGAAGGCUAAUGGGGAGACCAAUUCUGAUAUGCGAUCUACAUAUCUCUAG